UCGGGCAAACGUCCGUCGUCCCAAAUCUGCGAAGUAACAUAACCUUAUUUUAUUUAUUUAUUUUUGUUUUUGUGUUGGGGAGUGUUUUACUUUGAAAUUAUUUUUUUUGGGCUUUAUUUUGUGUUAUGGUGUUUCUUAAUGGCAACAUUGGUAUAAUCCCAUCUGACAUGUCCGUCGGUUUGAGUGAAUCCCAGAAUUACAUCUGGAGCGACGACGAUUGUCUCGGAGAAGGCACUUUCGGUAAAGUUUUUCGUGGCAUACAUAAACGAUCGGGUGAUAAAGUCGCAAUAAAAAUUUUCAAACAUGUUAAUCAUCAAGUAUCACAAGAAACCAAAUUAUUGCAAUCAUUACAACACAAACAUAUCAUCCGAUUUUUCGCCACCGAAUUCGAGCUCUCCACCAAUAAAAUGGUCAUGAUUUUGGAAUUAUGCAACGGCGGAAGCCUCAUGAGCUACUUAAACGAACCCGAAAACGUUUGUGGAUUACCCGAUGAAGAAUUUCUACUCGUUUUCAAUCACUUAUCAGCGGGGUUGGAGUUUCUGAAGAGGCACGAUGUAAUUCACCGUGACGUCAAACCAGAUAAUAUAAUGCGUCAUGUGCUUGACGACGGUCAAACGGUUUACAAACUCGCCGAUUUCGGCACAGCUCGGGAACUCCCCGAGGGCCAAAACUUCACGUCCCUCCACGGCACGGAGCCCUACCUCCACCCCCAACUAUACAGGGUGUGCUUUUUCCAGGGGGGCAAUUGCACGCGUGAGUUUGGGGCGAACACGGACCUUUGGUCGAUUGGUGUCACGCUUUAUCAGACAGCAACCGGGAAUUUACCCUUUCUGGUGAUGGAUCGCCACGUGAUGCUUCGAAUUUACCACGAAAUGCAGGAAAAUGAAGGGAUCGUUUCGGCCAUUCAACAGAAAAAUUCCGACGAAGUUGUCUUCCAGAAAAAAUUACCGCGGAAUUGCCGCUUGAGUUGCGGGCUCAAACAAUUGAUAACGCCCAUAAUUGCGGGGGUUUUUAUACAGGAAAAGGGCAAGCAGUGGUCGUUUACGCAAUAUUACGAGCAAGUGGUUGACUUAGUUUCAAGGAAAGUAAUUAACGUUUUUUAUGUUAAUAAGAUGCGGCUGAUGAAGGUGUACAUAAAAUCGGAUGAAACGUUCAACACUUUUAAAUAUUAUGUUUCGGCACAGAGUGAGGUAGCUGAAGAAAAUCAGGUUUUUCUUUAUAAGGCUAACCUGAUUGUGAACACUUUUGAGGAUUUUUCCGGUGUUGACGAAUCGGAUUGUAUUUUUUUGUUUGAUCGGAGUAAUGCAGAGGUUGAGUCUACAAUCGAUGUUCAGUUAGUUUUUGAAAACCUUACGAAUUUUCCUAAUAAGUUUAUGUCAAGUAGCGAAUCUGAUGAUCAUAGACUUGCCUUCGUGACGUGUCGGGACUUGUGUCUUUGUAAAAAUGUAAUGGAUUAUCAGUCCAUUGUUUACAAGUAUUUUAGUAAUUUUAUCAAGGAUUUUAAUAGUUACUGUAAAGAGGAAACAAGAGAUCAACGGAAAAUGUACGACACGUUGUUAGAGAAAUCUUCACAGACUAAAAAUCGGGCUCAGAUUUUAAAACAAUUACAAAAUUUGAAUCACUCCAAUGACGAUUCAUUCCUCGAUAGGUUUGAAGAGAUUAGCGAUAAUUUUCUUUCUGAAACGGACAAAUUGUUCAACGAUUUGAGAAAUAUUAAAGCGGAUUUAGUUCCAAACACGUCACACGAUUCUUAUCUGAAAACGGUGUCUAAAGAACUUACCGAUAUGAAGCAGUUGAGAAAAAAAUUAUAUAAUGCACGAAUUAAUAAAAAAUUAUACGAUUUUGAAAAAAUUAAAAUUGUUCAUUGUGUGAGAACAAUAUUGGAAACUUUUACCGAUAAAAUGGACCCGAAUUUUGAUAGUUUUGUUAAUGAUAUAAAAAAUUGGUACAAAAAUGAAUUUUUUGCACAUGUGCGGACUUUAAGUACUUUGAAAAAACUACUUAAUCGUUAUAGAAGCGAUUUGAAACGAUUUGAGGACGAAAUUCAGGCCCGCAGUGACGACAACUUGAAAACUAUCGGCACUUUGGGACUCAAUAAAGAAAAAUUGUUUGAUAUUGUUGGAAAAUACAAAACUAAUAAUUUAGAUAUUAAGACACUUGUUGAGGAAAAUUUAAAAUUGGUUGAACAAAUGAAUGAACUGGUUGUGACGUUGAACUCGAAUUUAUCGACUGAUUUAUAACGUCUUGUUAAUUUUGUAAUUAGUUAAGUAUCAACAUGUGAUGUUUUGCAUAAUAAACAUUUAUUCUGUUUAA